AUGAUUUUAAAAUUGUUACUUAAUCAUACAAAAAUUACAGCUUUCAAAAGAAGCGGUGCGUUUAAUUCAAAUAACAUACAUAAAAGACACAUUGAAAAGAAAUAUUUUUCUUCAAUAAAUAAAUAUCAAGUAAAACAAAAUAAAAAGAAUAAUUAUGAAAAGGAAAAUUUUAUUCAACUAAAGAACUCGGAUAGUAGUAGCAAAUUCGAAAAAAAUGGAAUAAUGAAAAUUAACAAUUGGCCAAAAAAGAAAAUUUCAAAAAAAAAAAAUGAACUGUAUAUAUUAUUAAAUAAAAAAGAUAAUAAAAAUGUAAAUUUUCAUGAAUUAAAUAUUAUUAUAACAAAAAAAAUAAACAAUAUGCAGAAUAUAAAUGAAAUAUAUAAAUAUAUUUACUAUAAUAAAGAUAUUUUAGUACCAAUUAAUUAUGUAGUUUGUAUUUAUAAAAUAUAUAAAUUGAUAAAAAACAAUAAUUAUAAAAUAAUAAAUUAUAAUAUAUAUAUUAAUAAUAAUAUUAUGAAUAUAAGUAAUGAAGAACUAAAUAAUAUUGCUAAUGUUAAUGAAUUAAGUGAUUAUAAUGAAUUAUAUGUAAACAUCAAUAAAAAAAAAAAUGUAAAUAAAAAAAGAGAAAAUGACAAAGAACAUAUUAACGUAUAUGGAACCAAAAGAAAUAUGUAUAAUAAUAAUUAUUCUAUUAAUGGCUCUGUUUUAGAUUACAACAAUGAUAUAUUACAAUAUGUAUUAGAAAAAAUAAAUAAAAAUUAUUUUAUAAAAAAAUUAACAUACAGGCAUUUAUCGAAUUUGUUAUUUUCUUUAGUUAAUUUAAAAUAUUAUAAUAUAAUCACUUAUUUAUUAUAUAUAAAAUAUAUAAAUAACAUGUAUGUCUAUCUUUCUUCUCAAUCUAUAUCUAAUAUUAUAUACUCCUAUUCUAUAAUUUGCAAUUUUUAUGCUAUUGAUUUUACUGUUAAUUAUAAAAAUUAUAUAUAUAAAUAUUACUAUUUGGAUAAUAAAUUAAAGGAAAAUUUGAAAAAAGAUUAUUUAAAUUUUAUGUUUUUAUUACUUAGUCGAUAUAUGUGUAUUUAUGUAGUUAAGUAUUUUAACAGCAAUUUUUGUUCACAGUAUGAUUUAAAUAGUUUUUAUAAAGGUAUUUUAUCAAAUUUUGAAGAAUUAAAUGAAAAAGAAAAAAAAAACAAAAUUAAUGAAGAAAUGAAAUAUGAAAAUAAAAUGAUUCUACAAGAAUUUUUUGUCUUCUUAUGGAGUAUAUCUAAAAUUAAAAUUAACAAUAUUUAUAUUGAUUUAUUGUAUUAUAUAAUUUAUAAAAAUAGAAAAUAUAUAUAUAUGAAACUAAAUGAAAAAGAUAUUUGUAAUUUAAUUCAAUCCUUAAGUAUAUAUUAUCCAUAUAAAAAACUAAGUGAAAAUAAAAAAUCUGACUUAAAAUAUAAAGUGUCAUUAAAAAAAGAUGAAUAUUUCAUAUUUGAUUAUGAUGAAUUUUUGAAAAAUACAUUGCUUUUAACUUUAAUUCAUUUAAAAAAAUAUAAUUAUCACCAUUAUUCAAUAAUUUUUAAAAGCAUUCAAAUUUUUCAAAAUUUUCUUUUAAUAGAUGACGAAAAAAAUAACUUACAUUUUUUUAAUUACAGUGAUGAAUAUAAUUUUUUAGAUUUUAAAAAAGAAAGAGAUAAAAAAAAAGAAGAGAUAUACGAAAUAAUACAUAAAAAUAAUAUAAUAAAAUAUAAUAAAGAAGUAAAUAAUAGUAAAUUAAACCUUUUAGAUAAUAAUAAUAGUAAGACAAGUUUAGACAACUUGGAAUUUUUUUCAAAAAAAAUCAUAAAUAAAAAUGAUAAAUUUAAAAAGGAGUCUCAUAUUUUAAACGUAAAAGAGGAUUCAUUAAAAAGUAAUAACAUAUAUUCAAUUAGAAAUAUUUUAAAAAAAUUAACAACAGUCAUUAUAGAAAAUUUAAUAGCCAAAAUAAAAAAUGAAAAUAACAAUAUAUAUAAUGGUAAUAAUUGCUCCAAAUUUAGUUCUUCUUUAAAUUUACAACAUCUUUCCAUAUAUUUAUAUAAUUUAUCUCACAUGAAUAUAUUUUUUAUAAAUAAUGAUUUAAAAUUAGAAUUAUUUAAUUUAAUUAUUUCUGUAUUACAGAAAAAAGUGAAUUUUGUUUUUACUUUUGAUAAAAAAAAUAUAAAUUUAAAAAUGAUAGAUAUUUUUCUACAAAAUAAUUAUGACAACAUAGUAUGCUUAAGUAAUAUUAAUUAUUCUUUAAAUAAAAAUAAUAUUGUUAACGAAUAUCUAAUUUUGUGCUCAUCUAUGUAUUUUUAUAAAUUAUAUCACUUAUUUUAUAAAAUAUACAAAUAUACUUCAAAUAAAAUAUAUUUUUUUAACUAUCUAGAAAAAAUUAAUGAAAGAAUAUUAUCUAUUUUUAACUGGACUUUUUCACAUACAAACAUUUCGUAUAUACCUUUAUUUAGCUUAAUAAAUUAUAAUUAUUUGUAUAUUUUAUAUAAAAAAGAAAGUCAAAAUAUCUUUUUGUUUUUAAAAAAAAUAUUAUUACCAAUAACAUUAUAUAAUAAUAUUACUAUAAAUCAAUUACGUUUAAUUUUAAAACUUUUAAUUAAUUAUUACAUUUGUGUACUCAGUAAAAAUAUAGAUAAAAGUUAUGAUAAUCAUGAAGAUAUAUUAACUUGUUUGUUUAGUUUAAGCUUAAUAAUAACAAACGUAUUACAUAAUUUGAGUAAAAAAUAUGAUAUAGAUAAAAAUAAUUUAAAAAUAGAUUAUGAAAAAUAUGAUUAUAUCAAUUUUUAUAUAAAUAUUACUGUUGAUAUAUUAAAAAGUUAUUUUUAUAAAUUAUAUUGUGUAAAUUCAUCUAUUAUACAAAAAUAUUUUUUAAUGGAAAUUAAUGAAGAUUUAAUGAUGAAGUUUUACACUUUAUAUUUAUUCUUGAAAUUUAAUAUUCACAAAAAAAUUAUAUAUAAUAGAAACUUUAUUAAAAAAUUCUUAAAUAAUGUUUUAUUAGAUAAGAAUGAAUUUUUCGAUCAGGAAAAUUUGUUGUCACACUUAUCAGAACCUACAAAAAGUUAUGAAACUAUCACUUUUGAAAUUAACGAAAAUAAUUUUUUAUCCGAAGAAAACAAUGUAAAAAUUAAAGAAAAAAAUAUUGAAAAAAAUGAUAAAAUAAUUAAUGAAAAAUCAGAAGAAAAAAGGAAUUUUAACUUACUUAAUUCUCAAAAAAUCCAUGAAAUGGAUGAGAGUAUAUUUUCAAUUUAUGUAAAUAACAUACAGAAUAAGAAUUAUAAUCCAAAUGAAAAUUUUGAAAUUUUUUAUUUAUUACAGGAAAAUUUGCAUUUUAGUGAACUAAAAAUUAACAAAAAUAAUUUAAUGUUUUUAAAAAAGAACAAUAUCACAUUAAACAUGUUUGAUGGAAUUAAUAAGGAAAUAAAACAAAUUGAAGAGAAAAUUUUUUUAAUAUUUAAACAAACAAAAAGUUCAAAAUCCCAUAUGAAAUUAUAUGAAUAUAUAAAGUUUAUUUUACAAAAAAAAAAUGGGAAUAUUACUUCAAAUAUAAAAAAUGAAUAUAUAAUUAAUAAAGAUAAUUUUAAUUUUAUUGUAGAUAUUUAUGAUGAAAAUACAAACACAAUAUUUGAAAUUGAUGGUAUUAGUCAUUAUACAAAACAAUAUUUAUUAAAUAAAACCAAUAAACCUUUUAACUUUUUUUAUAAUUAUAAAUCAUAUUAUAUUUUUAAACAUUUACUUUUAAGUAAAUACUAUAACAUAAUUCAUUUACCUCUUUAUGAUAAUAAAUUAUGUAAGAAAAUUAUUUACAAUUACUAUAAUAACAACAUAAUUCUUUAA